UACUAACAUAACCUGCAUAUUAAAUAUUGUUUUAGCAUUAAUUAUAUUGAGUUUGGUGUUUUAUUGAAAUUAAAAUGGGUUUAGACAAUGAAAACCCAACUUUAUUUGAAAAAAGCGAAGAGAGAAAAGUUAGUGAAAAAGAUUUGGAUGACAAUGAAGCUGAAGAGUUUGAUUCAAGGGAAAUCUUUGAUUUGAUUAGAGGAAUUACAGAUCCAGAACAUCCACUGUCUCUUGAAGAAUUAAGAGUUGUUGAUCAAAGUUUAAUUGAGGUUGAAGAUAGUAUCAAUACAGUAAAAGUAUUAUUUACACCAACUAUCCCUCAUUGCAGUAUGGCUACAUUAAUUGGAUUAUCCAUUAAAGUUCGACUUUUAUGGUGUCUACCACCGCGGUUUAAAAUAUCUGUUUCCAUAACACCGGGUACUCAUGCAUCUGAACACGCCAUCAAUAAGCAAUUAGAUGAUAAAGAAAGAGUAGCUGCAGCUUUAGAAAAUACACAUCUAUCAACAGUCUUAAAUAAAUGUAUAGCUACUGCAUAGAUAAUCUCUAUUUUAGUCUUACAAUUUUUCUUUGAUCUAAAUGAUAAAAUAUGUAUAUGUAUAUAAAUUUAGUUAUUAGUCAUUAA